UGUCGCGUGUGUUACCGCUGAGUGUGGUGGUUGAGAAAUCACAUCCUGAAGUUGCGCUGUGUUUACGGACUUCGGAGGAAGUGGUCGGUUUAAAACGCCUGAUUCUGACACCACGUCCCGAUAAACAGACAACAACCGGGCGCUGGAGUGACUGACGAGCCGGAGCGAGGUAGACUGAGCCAUUUCUCUGACCUCCUCUUACUUUUGGGAGGCCUGGGGACAAAUGCAGUUCAGCUAACCACAAGUAGCCACCAUGUCGUGGGAAGAAAUGCCGUCUUUCGUGGCCUCACCUCCGCCCCGGGUGACUGCUCUCUGAUCCCACAGGCCGAGAAAACAAGCGGAGGUAACUUAGCUGUCAGCUGAGCUAACGUUAGCUAACCAUUAGCACUGUCAGGCUCUCCACACCGACGGUUGUGCUUUAGCCUGCUAGCUUCAGAGCCAUGGCGGACAGCUUCGGAGAGGAGUCCAGCGGCGGUGCCCUUGGCUCAGGCGUCAUCGGACACGGGAGCGGAGCCUCGCUGCUGCCGACUCUGGUCAACUCUCUCCCCGGGGGAGACUCGGUAGCCACCGGUGACCACCCCAACUCCAACCCGGCCUCUCCCCCUCCCGCUGCGGCCGCGCACAGUGGCCUAACUGCUGUAGUGGCCCCCAUGUCCGCUGUCACUGCUAUCCCUGCCGGGCUUGGCAACACAUUCAUCCCCGGCACUUUGCCACCGGUCGUGGCCGUGUCUCCAACCUUACACGCCUCCUCGCCUCUCCCCGGUAUCGCGCUGGGUGUCGGCGGGGUGGCAGGAGCGGGCCUCCUUUCCCAAAUCCACGCCACGCCCUGGGACCCGACCCUCAGUACGGACUGGGACAACGAGAAGGCUUCCCAGCAGUGCAUCUUGAGGAUAAAGAGGGAUAUCAUGUCAAUCUACAAGGAACCUCCCCCAGGGAUGUUUGUCGUCCCUGAUCCUCAAGACAUGACCAAGAUCCAUGCCCUUAUCACAGGGCCAUUUGACACACCAUAUGAGGGCGGCUUCUUUCUCUUCCUGUUCCGCUGCCCACCCGACUACCCCAUCCACCCACCCCGGGUCAAGCUCAUCACCACGGGACACAACACAGUCCGCUUCAACCCCAACUUCUACCGCAAUGGCAAGGUUUGCCUCAGCAUCUUGGGGACAUGGACUGGCCCAGCAUGGAGUCCAGCUCAGAGCAUCUCAUCUGUCCUCAUCUCUAUCCAGUCUCUGAUGACAGAGAACCCCUAUCACAAUGAACCUGGCUUUGAACAGGAGCACCACCCAGGAGACAGUAAGAACUACAACGAGUGCAUCCGCCAUGAAACCAUGAGGGUGGCAGUGUGUGACAUGCUGGAGGGCAAAGUCUCCUGUCCAAAAGCUCUCUGGAGUGUGAUGGAGAAGUCCUUCCUAGAAUACUACGAUUUCUAUGAGGGAGUCUGUAAAGAGAGACUGCAUCUACAGGGACAGAACAUGCAGGACCCAUUUGGCGAGAAGCGUGGUCGUUUCAACUACCAGGGCCUGCUGGCUCGCCUCAGCACCACCCACAGGCAAAUACGGGAGAAAAGCCUGGCAGAGGGUGACCACAACAAUGACGACUCAGACUCAGACACCAGCUCCUCAGGGACAGACCCUGACAGCCAGGGCAGCUCCCAGCCCUGACUCUCAGGGCGGUUCUGGACUCAAUGCCAGGCCGAUAACUAAAGACAAAGGGACCUUUUUUUGUUUCAUUUACAGUCGAGGAACAAAAUCACAAAAGAGAACGCAACACCUAUGUUUAAGGCAGCCCAGACAAAAGCAUACUUCUUAUACGCAAUCCUUCAGCCUUGCUGGUGCUGUGGCCCUAUCGCCCUCCACCCCGGUGUCACAGCUGGUCUCUG